AUGGUUCAAGACCAUCCUGCUCGGAUACUAGCUGAUACCGGUGCUGGUUUGUCCAUAGUCUCAGAUUCUUUCAUUAGUAAGUACCAAAUACCCACAAAACCCAUAAAAACAAGAUCGAUCCAUGGUGUCACCGGGCACCAACUCUCCAUCAAUAGUUCUGCGAGCAUGCAGGUAUCUAUUGGUACACACAAUCUGGGUGUGGUCGAAGCUUCAGUGGCCGACACUGCAGACUAUGACCUCAUCCUGGGGUUCACUGAGCUACGGAGGCUCAAACCCACCAUACAAUGGGAUACGGGCCAGCUGGAGUUCAAGACUCAGGAGCAGGACCGACCCCCUAGGAGACCCCCUAGGAGACCCCCUGAAGCAGCAAGAGCAGGGGACCUAACCAUGAGGAGACCAACCCUCCAUGGUAACGAGUUUGUCUCAGCAGAGCGCAUACUACGAGCAGCUCUGGAAGAUGGACCCAUAGGGUUCAUGCUGUUAGAGGAGCCACCAUCAUCACUCCCAGCCUUUGGUUUUGUACCUACAGGCGCAGACAAAGGAGUCGAGAUGGAGGUGGAGGUAGAUAAGGUGGUGACGGCUGCAGACAUACCAAAGCCAUACCAACACCUGCGAGAUGUGUUUGAUGAGGUGGAAGCAGACAAGCUGCCCCAUCAUACCGAGCAUGAUCUCCACCUCGAGUUGAUAGAAGGAGGUAAGCCACCUCAAGGGCCCCUAUACCUUAAGGGACCCAAGGAGAUGUCCGAGUUGAGGAGAUACUUGGAUGAGAACCUCGAGAAGGGGUUCAUAAGACCAUCGAAGAGCCCGGCACGAUCACCGGUGCUCUUCAUACCAAAGAAGGAUGUGUCAUGGGCCUGGAUGCUCAAGAAGCAGGAGGGUCAUGGGUUCAUAUGGAAGGAGCACAGGUAUCGAAGACCUAGUCGACACCAGUAG